AUAAGGGAAUUAACUAAUGAUAGAGAUAAAUAAAUUGUGGUUGUAUUUCCGGACGGAAGCUAGCGGCCCACGCCCGCAAACGCCACACCUCCACCCCACCCCACCCCUGAGAAUAGGCGAGCGGUUCCUCGAAUCCAAGAGCCCCGCUCCGUCCGUCCUAAAUCCGGCCACGCCCGCCGGGGAGGGAAGACGACGAUUGACGAUUGAUCAGUCCUCCCUUCCCUCCCGAAUGGAAGAUUGAUCAAUCCCGGACGAAUAAACUACUAGUAGGUUUCUUAGGGGUCACCUUCCUCUCCCCCCCCCCCACCCCCACCCUCGUUUGUUGCUUAGCUAGACUCGAUCUGAGUUGGUUCCAGAGGAAUAAAUCUCCUCCCCGGUUGGUUGGAUUAAUCCUCCCUUUCGUUCCUUCUGUUCUUCCGCAGGUCUCUGUCACUCGGAAAUUCUCUGCGUAUUCUGCUUCUGCUUGCCUCGGAGUUAGAUUAGCCAAAGCCGGGUCAUGGCUGAGAUGGAAGACGGGAUGGCAGUGACGAGGACGACGACAAUGGAGUCCGAGGGCGCGACGACAGACGAGGACGUGCAUCUUUCGCCGACCUGCGUCUGUCGCGGCGGCGGUGGUGGAGGCGGAGGCCGCAUCAAGAUCCUCUGUAGCUUCGGCGGCCGCAUCAUGCCCCGCCGGUCCGACGGCGUGCUCAAGUACGUCGGCGGCGAGACCCGCGUCCUCGCCGUGCCCCGCUCCAUCCCCUUCUGCGAGAUGAAGAAGAAGGUGGAGGAGAUGUUCAAGACGGAGGUGUCGGUCAUCAAGUACCAGCUGCUCUCCCUCGCCGAGGAACUCGACGUGCUCGUCUCCGUCACCUGCGACGACGACCUGGUCCACAUGCUGGACGAGUACGACCGCCUCGAGGCCAAGCGGUCGCCGACUGCGUCGCCGCGCUUCCGCGUCUACAUCUUCGCGCCGCAGCCCGCCGCGCCCCUCCCGUUGGCCGCCGCCCCCGUGCCUUCCUCUUCCCGCUACGCCGGGUACUCGCGCUACCACCCGCACCACCACCACCACCACUUCCAGCCGGAGCGCUACGUGGCCACCGUGCCCGGCACGCCAAACCGGAGCCCGCCGUACCCCGCCCAGCCGCACGGCGCCGUCUCGGCGGGCAACUCCCCGCGCGCCAACACCGUAGGCGCCGAGCAGCCCCCCAUCUUCGGGCUAGGGAUGCAGCGCGUGCGGAGCUCACCGAAUCUCGGCAGCCUGGACGCAGCGCUGCAGCACUUGAAUCCACACGUGGCGGACAUCGGCGGCUGCGGCGGCUGCUUAGCAGGAGGAUACAUGAGCGGCUCACCAAGGCUCGCCGGCGCCGGUCCCCUCUCCUUGCAGAGCAACUACCACAACUACCAGCACCAGUACCCGCCGGCGCCGCUGCCAGUGCCGCACCACGCGGCGCGCGGCUACGUCCGGGUGGGCAACUACCUCGCGCCGAUGGCGCCGGCACCCCGAUCAUCGGAUCGGCCGGUCACGAGGGGCGGGCCGCCGCCGCCGCACAGCGAGAUGCACACGCCGAAGAAGACCACGUUGGUAUGGGACUGACGCGGCCGUCCGUACGCCGGUGGGAGCCUGAUGGUGUAGAGAUUUUGCAGCAGUUGCUGAGGAGCAGUGAGGUACGAGCGAUACGAGUGCUUGAGAUGUAAGCAGAUGGUCCGAUGGACGGAUGGAUGCACGCGGCCCUGUUUUUGCUGU